AUGUCCGCCUCCUCGGCUCAGAUUGCCCGCCGCAGCCGGGAAUUCUCGCGCCCGGAGAACCCACCAACUCGGCGAAGGGUACCGGGGAUGGGGCGUUCAGCUCCGCCCAGGCCCCGCCCCCGCCCCCGCCCCCGCCCCAGCCUUGUUCCCGCCACGCCCCCCGCCCCGCAGGCUCGGUCGCCAUCUCCUCCCGGCGGCUCCACUGGCUCUAAGGCCCCGCCCCGUCCCGUUCCCGCCCCGCCCCCGGCUCCCGUCGCAGUCCCUCUCCCGCCCCGGUCCCGAGGCCCCGCCUCCGGCCCCGCCUCCGUCUCGCUCCCGCCCCGCCCAGCGCUCGCCUCCCCAUCGCACGCCCUCCCCGGGCCUGAGGCCCCGCCCCGACCCCGCCCCCGUCUCGCUCCCGCCCCGCCCCCGGCCCGCGUCGCCGUCUCUCGCCUUCCCCGGGCCGCGCGGCCGGAGCUGGCACGGAGGAACGGCGGCCGCGGCUGCAUCGCGGCCUGGGGACGCCGGCGCUCCGCUGAACUCGGGGUCCGCGAGAGUGCCCGUCGCGCGUGGAUCUGCCUUCCGCGGUGCGGGGCUGCCCGGAGCGUCCGGCGUUCCCCGAGGGCGGGCGUGUCCUCGCGGCGCUGGGCGGGGGACCAGCGCGGGGCCGCAGCCUGUAGGAGCGCGGGGGGCCCCGUGCCCGGGGCGCGGGGAGCCCUGCGGGGGACGGCGCGGCCGGGCCCCCUGUGCGGAGCAGUUUUCUCGAACUCUCCACCUCCUCGUUGGGGCCCAGCGCUGCCGGGAGACCCCGUCCACAUCUGCCGAAGAAAGGAGUGUCAUGAAAAAGGAGCAAAAGAACCAUCACUCUCGGUGAAAGGGGAGUUUUCUUUCCCAGUUGGUGGCUACUUCAUGAUUGGAAAAGAAGCACCUAGGUGGCUGAAGCGGUUAGAUUUUUAGAAUUGUACGGAUGAAGCUGAUAAAAGAAGAUAUGAGAAUACUUUCUCUGGGUCAUAAUAGGCGAUGAGCAAGCCUGAACAGGACAGAUUUGAAAUGAGGGCAGAAAGUUUGAGUUUUUCAAAGCCAAGUGGGACUUUGCACACUUGUUGAGGAUGUUCUUUUCCCAAAAAUGGAAGAAGAAAGAAAUCUCAAAGCAAAAGUGUAAAAAGCGGAAGGGAAUAACAACCAAGUCGACUCCAAGAA